AUGGCGAAUCUGCCCGCACUGUGGUUUAUUGUGUUUUUACAAAUAUUUAAUACUGCUCGUGGUGACAGUAAAAAGUACUGCACCAAAACUGUUUUGGAUUAUAAUUACAAAUAUGUGACUUACUGGGAGACGUAUGGCAAUUGGGAGAAAGAUCCCAACUGUUGGUUUUGGUGCAAUAAAAUAUAUGUAAUACACAGUUACAGAACUGGAGAGAGAAGAAGAGUAAGUUACACCCGUAUGGUUCAAGAUUGUUGUCCUGGAUACAAAAGAUUGAGAAUAAUUUCAAAUACACUCGAUUGUGAGCCGGUGUGUUCAAGAUCAUGCAUUAAUGGGCUGUGUGUUUCACCAGAAACUUGUCAGUGUACAAAAGGAUAUGUAAAAUCAGAUCCGUAUACCUGCAAACCAUUCUGCUCCAGCGGGUGCCCACACGGCACCUGUAUUGGCCCUGAGAUUUGUAAAUGUGAUGUCGGAUGGCAAGUGGCUGAAGUAAAAGGAUCAUCAAAUAAAACAUGUACACCGAUUUGCUCUAAGCCUUGUGUAAACGGAACAUGUGCAGCACCAGAAACGUGUCACUGUGCAAAAGGAUAUACAAAAUCAGAUCCGUAUACCUGCAAACCAUUCUGCUCCAGUGGGUGCCCGCACAGCACCUGUAUCGGCCCUGAGAUUUGUAAAUGUGAUGUCGGAUGGCAAGUGGCUGAAGUAAAAGGAUCAUCAAACAAAACAUGUACACCGAUUUGCUCUAAGCCUUGUGUAAACGGAACAUGUGCAGCACCAGAAACGUGUCACUGUGCAAAAGGAUAUACAAAAUCAGAUCCGUAUACCUGCAAACCAUUCUGCUCCAGUGGGUGCCCACACGGCACCUGUAUCGGCCCUGAGAUUUGUAAAUGUGAUGUCGGAUGGCAAGUGGCUGAAGUAAAAGGAUCAUCAAAUAAAACAUGUACACCGAUUUGCUCUAAGCCUUGUGUAAACGGAACAUGUGCAGCACCAGAAACGUGUCACUGUGCAAAAGGAUAUACAAAAUCAGAUCCGUAUACCUGCAAACCAUUCUGCUCCAGUGGGUGCCCACACGGCACCUGUAUCGGCCCUGAGACUUGUAAAUGUGAUGUCGGAUGGCAAGUGGCUGAAGUAAAAGGAUCAUCAAAUAAAAUAUGUACACCGAUUUGCUCUAAGCCUUGUGUAAACGGAACAUGUGCAGCACCAGAAACGUGUCACUGUGCAAAAGGAUAUACAAAAUCAGAUCCGUAUACCUGCAAACCAUUCUGCUCCAGUGGGUGCCCACACGGCACCUGUAUCGGCCCUGAGACUUGUAAAUGUGAUGUCGGAUGGCAAGUGGCUGAAGUAAAAGGAUCAUCAAAUAAAACAUGUACACCGAUUUGCUCUAAGCCUUGUGUAAACGGAACAUGUGCAGCACCAGAAACGUGUCACUGUGCAAAAGGAUAUACAAAAUCAGAUCCGUAUACCUGCAAACCAUUCUGCUCCAGUGGGUGCCCACACGGCACCUGUGUCGGCCCUGAGAUUUGUAAAUGUGAUGUCGGAUGGCAAGUGGCUGAAGUAACAGGAUCAUCAAAUAAAACAUGUACACCGAUUUGCUCUAAGCCUUGUGUAAACGGAACGUGUGCAGCACCAGAAACGUGUCACUGUGCAAAAGGAUAUACAAAAUCAGAUCCGUAUACCUGCAAACCAUUCUGCUCCAGUGGGUGCCCACACGGCACCUGUGUCGGCCCUGAGAUUUGUAAAUGUGAUGUCGGAUGGCAAGUGGCUGAAGUAAAAGGAUCAUCAAAUAAAACAUGUACACCGAUUUGCUCUAAGCCUUGUGUAAACGGAACAUGUGCAGCACCAGAAACGUGUCACUGUGCAAAAGGAUAUACAAAAUCAGAUCCGUAUACCUGCAAACCAUUCUGCUCCAGUGGGUGCCCACACGGCACCUGUAUCGGCCCUGAGAUUUGUAAAUGUCAUGUCGGAUGGGAAGUGGCUGAAGUUAAAGGAUCAUCAAAUAAAACAUGUUCACCGAUUUGCUCUAAGCCCUGCGUAAAUGGAAUGUGUGUAGCACCUGAGACCUGUAAAUGCAUAAAUGGAUAUACUAAAUCUGGAAAUUACAGCUGCGAGCCGGUUUGCUCCAACGGAUGUCUACAUGGAAUCUGUGUAGCGCCUGAAACUUGUAAUUGUCGUCCAGGGUGGCAUAUAUCGAAUGACAAUAAAACUUGUCUCCCAGUUUGUUCCAAGCCUUGUGUAAACGGAACAUGUGUUGCGCCAAAUACUUGCAAAUGCCUGCUGGGUUAUAGAGUUUCCGGUAAAUUCACGUGUAAGCCCCACUGUAGCGAUGGGUGUCCAAAUGGAACAUGUAUAGGUCCUGAAAAGUGUGACUGUAAAGCAGGAUGGCAAUUGACUAGAUUAAAUAACACAAAGAUUAGUUCAUGUCAACCGAAAUGUACCAAACCUUGUAUAAAUGGCACGUGUGUUGCCCCAGAGACUUGUAAAUGUCUUGCUGGUUACGUGAAGUCUGCCGAGAAUGUAUGUAUGCCUCAUUGCCAUGAUGGAUGUCCUCACGGUGUGUGUAUCAGUCCAGAGACGUGCGUCUGUAAUCCUGGCUGGAAGAUGACACAGACCAACACCUCACUGAAUAGAACUUGUCAGCCGGAGUGCAGUCCACCUUGUGUCAAUGGUUCUUGUACAGCUCCCGGAAGGUGCGAUUGUUAUUUUGGACAUGAGAUAUCGGAAAAGAAAAAUGUCUGUCGACCACGCUGCUCCAAUGGGUGCAAGAACGGUGUAUGUGCCAGCCCUGACAAUUGUAUCUGCAACGCUGGAUGGGAAACGAGUAAUGGGACGUGUCAGCCGGUGUGUACUACGCCGUGCGUGCACGGCGCGUGCGUCGGUCCUGACACCUGCGAGUGUCUCGCUGGGUAUGAAGUAGGAGACAACAAUACUUGUGUGCCACGCUGUGCUGCCGGCUGUUCUCACGGAGUAUGUGUGAGUUCUGACAACUGUAUUUGUGACCCGGGAUGGCGCAGAAGUAAUAACAAUGCAACAUGUGAACGGGACCAAAAUCCACAGACAAAGUUAGCAUCGAACGGAGUGUCGACCACUGUCAUCGCAUCGAGCAGCAUCGGUAUUAUAGUGAUGAUUGCUGUGGUGUCUAGAACUAUUACAGUAAUCCGCCGAAGUUGCCAGCGGAAGAAAAACUUCAAAGGGGAUGGUGCUGUUGUAGUAAUUCCGGUGCAAGAAAUUACUCCCAAAAUAUUUAAUAAAUCUAAACACAGUUUCAACGUAAACUAA